AUGGAGAGUUUAGAAGAAUCAUCUAUCGGAUUUAGAAAAUAUAGAUAAAGGUUUCCAAAUAGAUCUAGGUAGUAAUAUGAGAUUGAUUUAAAAAAUAAGAAAUUAAUGAAAGAAAUACUUGAAGAUGCCUUGAAUAACAUUUACUCUGAAUAAGAAGUCUAGUAUCUGAUUACAAUAUUAAAGAACAAGAAUCCUAAUGAAUAAGAAAUGCUUGAAAUGUAUGAAAAGGCUCUAGAUACUUUGGAAGUACUAAUGGGCAAAUUAGGACUCAUUGAUCAAUUUGAUAGAGUAUUAGAUUAAUACUAAGAAGAGAAAAAAGUGAGUCUUAGGAAGACACUUAUUAAGCAAUUAUUCCGCUGCAAGAUCAUUUAUGAAAGUAUCACUAAAAUCUAAGUAAUUUUUAAGAUAAUUAAACAAAGGGAUCAAUUUGAGAAAAAGAUCAAUGAUUAUGAGAUAAAGCAUAAUUUAGUUAAGAAUGCCUAAAGAGUCAGCUCAAAGGAUUUGGCAAGCGAUCAUAAUCAUGAUUAACUGGAAGAUUAUAUCGCAAAGUUUUGCUUCUAAAGUAGCAGACUGUUUAUACAGAUCACUUCUUUCGUUGUUGAAAGCCAGUUAUUUAAAAGGCUUAGGUUCAUUUAUGAGGGUCAAGAUUAUUAAUAGAAAAUUAGAAAAUAAGUGAUGGGCUUGAAGCACAGAUUUGAGUAUUUGUUUGGUGACAAGAUACCAUCGAUGAACGACUAAGGUAAACUCAUUUUUGUAGAAGAAGAUUUAAUAAUGAAUCAAAGCUUUAGUCAGAGUCCAUAGAAACCUAUUCAUCAUGUUAAUAAUGAUUGA